GUCGUCGAUCUCUCUCCAUCUUCCCCCCCCCCCCUUCGCAUCUACACAGACCAGUCAAGAUGGGCAAGAGCUCGACUAAGAAGGAGGUCAAGGCCUCGAAGAAGGACAAGACGAUGAAGAAGGAGUCGAAGAAGGAGUCAAAGAAGGAGCUCAAGGCCAAGGCCAAGCUCGCCGAGGAGGAGAAGCUGGCCGCCGCCGUUGCCUCGCCUUCGGCCAAGGACCUGAAGAAGGCCGAGAAGGCCAAGAAGAAGGCCGAGGAGGAGGCCAAGAAGAAGGCUGAGGAGGAGGCCAAGAAGAAGGCCGCCAUGGAGGAGUCUGAUGAUAGCAGCAGCGACAGCAGCAGCGACGACAGUGACUCCGAGGAGGAGGCCAAGCCCGCCAAGGAGACAAAGAAGGAGGAGUCAUCUUCCAGCGACGAAGAGUCCAGCAGCGACGAGGAGGAAGAGAAGGAGGAGGCCAAGCCUGCGGCCAAGGAGGAGUCUAGCGACGACUCAUCCAGCAGCAGCGACAGCAGCGAUGAUGAGGACGAGGAGGAGAAGAAGGAGACCAAGGCCGAGGCCAAGAAGGAGUCUAGCGACGAUUCGUCCAGCAGCGACUCUAGCAGCAGCGACGACGACGAUGAUGAUGAGGAAGAGGAGAAGGAGGACGACGCCAAGCGUGGCUCUUCCGGUGAUGGCGAGAACGACUCGAAGCGCGCCAAGGCCGCUACCGAGGACGAUGGCGAGGCCGUCAGCAUGUUCAUUGGUGGUAUCUCCUGGAACGUGUCUGAGGAUGAUGUCGUCAACUUCCUCAACGAGCUUGGCUGCGGCUCCGUCAACAGCGUGCGCAUCAUGUACCGCGAUGACGGCAAGUCCCGUGGCUUUGGCUACGCCGAUCUCUCCUCGGCCGCCCGCGAGCAGUUCCUGCAGGUCACCGACGCCGUUCUGGAUGGCCGCACCCUCAAGUUUGACAAGGCCGACAAGAAGACCCCCCGUCCCUCCAUGGGUGGUGCUCCUGGCCAGCUCUCCGCCGAAUCUAGCACCCUUUUCGUCAAGAACCUCAGCUUCCGUGCUGAUGAGAACAGCGUUUGGGAGAUUUUCGGUGACGCCAAGAGCGUUCGCAUUGUCACGGACCGUGAGACUGGCAACUCCAAGGGCUUUGGCUACGUCGAGUUUGAAGACGUUGACUCUGCCAAGACUGCCUUGAACACCAACCAGGGUGUUUCCAUUGCCGGUCGCGAGGUCUUCCUUGACUUUGCCACUCCCCGUGCGCCUCGCCCUGAGGGCGGUCGUGGUGGCUUCCGUGGUGGUCGCGGUGGUGGCCGUGGUGGUAGCUUCCGUGGUGGCCGCG